AUGGCGACCGCCGCCGCGUCCCGGCCGCCACCCCGGCCACGCCGCUCGCCGCCCGUCGCGAUGGAGGCGCUGGGGACCCCGGGCCGCAGCGGGGGCUCGGGGGCGGGCAGGCGGGCCCCGUACAGCCCGGGCACCCGGGACCUGCUGAGAGCGAUGAUGGAGGAGCUGAAGCUGACGCAUUCCCAGAGGCGAUACCUGAUGGACUAUGUGAAACGAGGAAAUGCCCUGCCCCUCCAGUGGCCCCCCACAUCCAACAAACAGCCAGUGCCUGCUUUCCCCCCACCAACCAGUCAGCCAUGCAGGCUUCCAGCUAGACCACAUCUCCGACCUGCCAAGGUGUGCCAGGCAGGAGAUGCCUACACCCGAGAGAAGUUCAAGCCACAGCCCACACGAGAUUUGGAAAAGGAGAAGCAAAGACUUCAAAACAUCUUAGCAACAGGGAAGGAUGAGGUGGAGGAUGAGGUGAAGCGGGUGCCGAUUCGGACAAAGGAAGAGGAGAUACCUGAGCCUGAUCGGUUUGAAGAAUUGGUGAAUGAAAUUCAGGACAGGAGAGAAUUCCUGGCGCAGAUGGAAGCUCUAGGACAGGACAAGGAGUAUAAAAGGAUUGUCCUUGCUGAAAUCUCACAGAAAAUGCAUGAGAUGGAGAUCAUUGACAAGAAGAGAAGUGAGGAAAUUAGAAAGAUGAUGACAAAAGACUUCCCUGGUGGGAACAAAUCUGAUCUCCACGACUAGUCUAAGGACAAAACACAAGUGCAGUUUGUUCCCACCUCUUCUUCCCAGACUCUUGACAUCAGAGUCUCAAGGACUGAUCUGUUCCCAAAGAGGGGGCAGCACCAUCUGUUGCCCAGCGGGCAGGACCAAUUUGUACAUAAAUGGCGACAGAAGUUGUUGUAAAAUCCUACCCACAUACCGGAUCCCCUCUUGCUCAACAAUAUUAAACACAUGGCAAUCAAAACAUGACAAAGCAGAGCCUCCUUUGCCUAUGCUAUGCCUCAGUACAGCAAUCCACCCAUAGAAAUGUCCCUCCUUCCCACCUACCCAGAGGUGGACAUUUUUCGUGACAGCAUGAUGCUAACACACACACUGCCACCCAUACCUUCAGCCCACUCACUCCUGUCCCUCCUGACUCAGGGAACAACUUAGGGAAUGGCUCUGCUGGCAGAAGGCAGGGAGGAGGAUGCAGCUGUGUGGCCCUGCGCGAGCACGAGCCCCCCCGACGUUGCUGUAGGUUGGUGUGACUGUGCAUCAGCAAUCCUCUGGCAGCAGCUGAGCUGGGCAGUCACUCAGGAACACAGCUGUGCUGAGCAGGGAGAGGGGAUUUCAGAGCAGCGCCUGCCGCUCUUGGAUGUGGGUUUGCUGUGUUUUUUUGGUUCCUGAAAGCAUGGUAUGCAGAAUAGCCAGCAGCUUCGCACACAUUACCCUGUUGGAAAUGGCUGCUUGCUCACCUCAGACAUAACCACACCUUUGUACUCCAGCAGGCUGAAGCAUGAUGCCCUGCUUUUCCUGUGCAAAUCCCAGCAUAAAGUCCAGUUUCUGAUUUCCUUAAGAUCCCAUCCUCUGCUUCUAAGCAAUACCCUUGUCAGCCACUCACCAAAGCCAAGCAGCAUGCCCU